UUUUUUAAAUUUUUUUUAAAAUUUUUCCAUAGCAGGCCUUAUAUUGGGUUUAUUCCCUUUUUUGGGAUUCAGUUGUCGGAGCAGGAGGAUAUGGUUUGAUUUGCUUGUCUGAAGGGUUUUUGGGAAAAGGGUUUGAAUUACUGGAAAUGGUUCUUGUAUUUUUGUAUGAAUAAAUUAUAAUGGAAUGCAAUUUAUCAUCAGGAAAUAUGAUGGGAGGGAAUAGUGGUUUUGAUUUGCAAGGUUCGACGAGGGCUAAUCUACAACAUUAUCAGUCUCAUUUCCCUAAGGAUAUUUGUUUGGGUAAAUGUGCAAGUGAUGAAGAUGAACCUGAAGGGAAAAAGGGGGGAAUACCGCAAUGGCAGCGUGUGAAAUGGACAGAUGAGAUGGUGAGGCUGUUGAUUACUGCUGUCUCUUACAUAGGGGAGGAAGAAGAAUAUGGCGGAGCAAGGAAAUGUUCUAAGAAAGGCAAAUGGAAGUCUGUCUCAAAAGUCAUGGCUGAAAGGGCUCAUUUUGUUUCACCUCAACAGUGCGAGGAUAAAUUCAAUGACCUUAACAAGAGGUACAAGAGACUCAAUGAGAUUCUUGGUAGAGGUACUUCAUGUGAGGUUGUUGAAAAUCCUGCUCUUUUGGAUGUCCUCGAUCACGUUUCACACAAAGGAAAGGAGGAAGUUAGGAAGAUUCUAAGUUCAAAACAUCUGCAUUAUGAAGAGAUGUGCUCCUACCAUAAUGGCAACCGCUUACAUCUCCCACCAGACCCUGAGUUGCAGCGUUCAUUGCGUUUUGCUCUUAAAAAUAGAGAUGAUGACAAUAAUAAGCACCUCCAAGAUGAAGAUGAUGAAGAAGCUGAUCACGAAGAUGAGUAUGAAGACAAUCAUAGUGGAGGAGGCUUUUCAAAGAGAAUAAAACAAUGCCAGGGUCAUGAAGCUGUUAAUCUCGCUUCUAAUAGGACACUCAUUUCUCAACCUCACACUGAUGGCAACAAAGCUGAUAUUCUACAGAAACAGUGGAUGGAUCACCGCUCGCUUCAGCUACAAGAACAGAAGCUGCAUAUUCAGGCACAAAUGUUGGAAUUGGAGAAAGAGCGUUUCAAUUGGCAAAGAUUUAGUAGGAAAAAGGACAUCGAAUUGGAAGUUAUGAGAACGGAAAAUGAGAGGAUAAAACUUGAGAAUGAAAGUCUGGCAUUGGAGUUGAAGCGGAAGGAGAUGCUUGCAGACAAUGCUUAGAAAUGUCCUUUGGAAGGAAUACCGCUUCAGAAUCAUGUCUUUUUAUGAUAUUAAACUGCAAAUUUACUGCUUUCAAUCUGGGUUGUAUUCUAAAGCUAGUAGUUGUCCUCGUAAAAAAAAAAAAAAGCUAGAGGAAGUACUGUUGAACGAGGGUGCAAGUUGUCAAAAAGAAAAAAAAAAUGGAGAAAAGUAAGCAUCUCAUCAUCCUUCUAGCUACUGCAGAAGAAGUGGAUCAACAACAACUUGCAAGAUUGGAUCAUUUCCUUCCACUUACUUGGGUCUUCCUUUGGGUGCUAAAUACAAAUCUACUGAAAUCUGGACAGGAACUAUUGACAAGUUUGAAAAGAAAUUGGCAACAUGGCAAAUGCAGUAUCUUUCAUUUGAUGGCAGGCUGACACUGAACAACAGUGUGCUUGACAGCUUACCUACUUACUAUAUGGCCCUAUUUCAAAUUCCAACUGAUGUUCUGGAGCAGAUUGACAAGUUAAGGAGAGAUUUUCUCUGGGAAGGCAACAGUGAGGACCACAAAUACCAUCUCAUCUAGUGGGAGAAGGUGACUCAACCAAAAUUUCAAGGAGGUCUUGGAAUCAAGGACCUUGCAGCUGAUAACAAAAGCAUGAUGAUGAAGUGGCUUUGGAGAUUCAACCUGGAGGAUGCAGGGUUAUGGAAAGAUGUUGUGAUAGCUAAACAUGGAAUAUUGGAUCAUUGGUGCACAAAGGCCUCUAAUCUUCCUUAUGGAGUGGGUCUCUGGAAGGGUAUUAGAAGAUUGUGGGACACCUUUGUUCAACAGACUCAUUUUGAAGUGGGCAAUGGUGGCUCACUCUUAAGAUUCUGGAAGGACAAAUGGGUUGGAAGUACCAGUCUUCAGGAUGACUUUCCAAAUUUGUUCAGAAUAGCUCAAGAUCCCAACUCUGUAAUUGCUGCUAACAGAGAAGGGAACAUUUGGGACCUGUCUUUCAGAAGAAA